AUGUGCAUGCUGCCAGCGAACAAGAGUACACGCCGCUUGGCAGGCACCGGCUACGUGGAGGUUUCCCAGAGGACGCUCGGGUUUUCUUGCACGCUCGCGACCCUAAAAGACAAAUUCCCCCGCCGCCCCAACUCCCUGUUUGUCUACCAGACCUCCUACUUGCUGGUGUCCCUGCCAGGCUUCAUCUACCAGUUCAUCCCAGCCAUGAAGAAACACAAGAUUCAGCUGGACAAGCCUGAAACUUGGGAAGAGCAAUGGCAGCAUGUCAAGAUCUCACUGAUACGAAUCCCCACUUUGCUUCCACCAGCAUUCAUUUCAAGCUACUUUUAUUCAGAGGACUUCGACGUCCCUUACAAAUGGGACUCCAUGCCUCCAUGGUAUUCUGUUACUGCUCAAUGCUUGGGCUGCUUUAUAAUUGAAGAUACAUGGAUCUACUUCAUGCACAGAUUAAUGCAUCACAAGACCUUCUACCCAUAUUUACAUAAACUUCAUCAUGAAUUUAAGGUGUAA